UCGACUCAACUCAGUUGACAACUGCUUUAGACGACCUUUUCCCUACAGAAUCACAGCCUAAAUGUUCUGCAAUAGAUCUUCUCUUAUUCUGAAAAGGCUUUUAUCUGCAGCUGCUGGAGUGGCCAAGCAAAGGAGUAAAGGGAAGUACAAGGAUCGAAAAUUUGUGGACUGGAAGAGGGUUGUUGUCAAAGGUGGUAAUGGUGGUGAUGGAUGCGUCAGCUUUCACAGAUCAGGGAAGAUAAGAUACGGUCCGGCCGACGGAGGCAAUGGUGGGCGUGGUGGGAGCGUGUUUUUCACAGCACACUCGUCAGUAAGAACUCUUAAAUUACUCAAGAAUCACUACCGUGGCAAUAAUGGGACUCAUGGACAAGGCUCCGGCCACAAUGGCAAAACUGGCCGAGACGUGACUGUACAAGUACCCACAGGGACUGUUGUCAAGGACACAAUCAGUGGAACCAUCCUAGCCGAUCUGUUAAUGCCAGGAGAUCGGUACCAAGUCCUGGCCGGGGGAGAAGGGGGACUCGGGAAUAUGAUGUUUGCAGACGUUGAUAAUCGAAGGCCUACACAAUCCUCCGAGGGUGGUUACGGUGGUGAAGCUCUUUUAGAUGUGGAGCUUAGAACGAUUGCUGAUGUUGGAUUGGUGGGGUUUCCGAAUGCUGGAAAGUCGACGUUGCUUCGGGCAAUCACGAGAGCCACGCCUACUGUGGCAGCGUACCCCUUCACAACGCUCAACCCUCAAGUGGGUGUGGUCAUGGGCAAGAAAGAGGACCGAAUAGCAGUUGCUGACAUUCCUGGUCUUAUCCCUGGUGCUCAUGAGAACAAAGGACUAGGACACUUGUUCCUACGCCAUAUUGAACGCUGCACCUGUCUACUGUACGUACUGGACAUCACGUCACCUGACUACACGAUAGAGGAACAGUACAAUGCUCUACAGUUGGAGCUGCGGCUAUAUGACCCGGACCUUCUUGAAAGUGUUAGUCUGGUUUUGGUCAACAAGAUGGAUGAAAGUGGAGAAGAUUCGUCUGGUGAACUGAAGUGUCUCGAAGAAAAGAGUGGUCUCCCGAUAAUUCCCGUAUCUGGAAAAAAUUUGUGGAACACUAACUAUCUGAAACAAACUCUGUUUACUGUUGUGACUAAAAGAACUGUGCAAUCAUGUAAUAAUUAUUAUUGAGAAUCGAAUUCAUGUGCUUCUCUUCCACUAGCUUGGGGAGGUAAAGCAUAGACCAUUAAUUUA